AAUGAAUUUCGAAAAGCCCACAAUUAUGGUGCGUUCACAAUAGUCAAUUGUUUUCAAUUGACAGAGUUGCCAAGUGUUUUGAAACUGUAAACCCAUCAUAAUUGUCAGAUUCGUGUUCGGUUUGUGAAUUGAUAGAAAUCAGUGCAGAUGUGAAUGUGAAAUUAAAAACAAAUUCAACCGGACCAAUAAAAGAUGUCAUCGUGGACCAAUGUUUUGAAACUAUCGUUUACAUCUUUCGUUUACCAUUUCAGCAUCAAAAUCAUUAAAUAAAUGCAGCCAAUUUUCACAAUUUCACAUAGAAUAUCGUCAGCUACAAGAGUGAAGUGGAAAUUUUGUUUCAUUUUUUUUUUUAUUUUUAAAAAUAAAUGAGACUCAACGAAAAGAUAAGAAUAGUUAGAAAAUUGUAUUCAUUGGAAUUUUACAUAAGAAAAUUUUAAAUUUACGUCAAACAUGAGCCGAAACGUUUUAAAAAGCAGCAUUCACAGCGCUUCGAUCAAUAUCGUAUUUCAGAUUUUGUGCCGAUGUAUUACAUUUGGAAUAAAUUCAUUUGUUAUACGAAUUGUUGACCGUGAUGCGCUUGGUAUUAUGAAUGUUCGCCUAUUGUUGUUGGAAAGUACGCUUGCGUUUUUGUCGCGUGAAGCAAUUCGACGGGCAACGCUCAGCUCGACAUCAAAUCCGCACGAGAAACACAUAUGGCCGCACAUAAUAAAUCAGCUGUGGUUGACGUUGCCAAUUUAUUGCAUUUUCUCGGUACCAUGUUUGUAUGUCUGGCUGAAUUAUGGAUCGGCAGUAGCUGAUGAUAUCUACGAUCAGUAUAAAUUCGGAUGCAUUUGCAUUGUUGUUUCGGGCAUCAUUGAACUAUUUGCUGAAACGCCUGUAUUUGUAGCUCAAGUAUUUUGCUUUGUUAAACUUCGUGUUGUUCUCGAUACAUUGCACAUAUUUGUUCGAUCGACAUUGUUUAUUGUGUUGAUUUUACGUGAUCCAAAUCAAGCGAUAUCCGCUUUUAGUUAUGCACAAGUCGGCAGCACUGUCACCUUUGCCAUUGGUUACUAUGUAUAUUUCAUCUAUUUUAUCGAUAACGCAAAGAAACGAAUUGGUGCGACAAAACGAGAUGAUGACAAUCAAACAUCAGAUCAUCAAACGCCUGACAUAGACGAUUCCAUUCCAUUCAAUAGUAUUAAGCAAAUGCUUCCGGGAUAUUUAGAAAAUUCAUCGGGUACAAUAUUCAAUGACAAUCUUAAGUCGCUGGUGUUGAGCUUCUUCAAACAGGGUUUUCUCAAGCAAGUUUUAACCGAAGGCGAGAGAUACGUAAUGACAAUCAGUCCACUCAUGUCAUUUUCACAACAAGCUACCUAUGAUAUCGUCAAUAAUUUGGGAAGUUUAGCCGCUCGCUUUGUAUUUCGGCCAAUCGAAGAGAAUAGCUACUUUUAUUUUACACAAACAUUGGCCAGAGACAUUCCUCUCGUGAAACAACCACGUGACAAAGUUGAACAAGCCCAUUCGGUGCUGUACAAUCUACUGAAGGUGGUCACGUCAAUUGGAUUGAUUGGAGUGGUUUAUGGACAAAGCUAUGCAAAAACCGUUCUCACACUGUAUGGCGGCACAAAAUUUGUGGAUGACGAUGGUUUAUCGGUGAUAUUGCUUCGAUGUCAUGCGCUUGCAAUCAUUUUACUAGCGGUCAAUGGUAUUUGUGAAGGAUAUAUGUUUGCAACAAUGACAAGCAAUGAAUUAGACAAAUACAAUUACUAUAUGGGAUUCUUUUCCGUAACAUUUCUACUGUUGUCUUAUCAAUUGACCAGCUUCCUUGGUCCUGUUGGAUUCAUUCUGGCUAAUUGUACAAACAUGUUUUUGAGAAUCAUUUUCAGUAGCCGAUACAUUCACAAACAAUAUCAUUCUGUUAAUCUCAAACCGUUGGAUGGAAUCAAACCAAACAAACUGUUCUUCAUCACAUUGAUUGUCUUGGGCAUUGCAUGUAAAAUGUCAGAGAACCGUCUAUUUCGCCAGUCGGUAUUGGGACACAUAGCUGUUGGUGCUAUUUGCUUUGCUUGCACCCUUGGCGUUUGGGCAUUUGAAAAUCAAGAUUUGAUAAAAAGUUACAUAGAUAAACGACGACAGUCUACAAGUUAGACAUUAACAACAUCAGAGUCCAAAGCAACGAAAAUAAAACGAAGAAACACAUAAUGCCUUUCGAUACUGGAUCUAUAACGAAAUGAUGGCUCCAAAUCUACUUCUAGCAACAUUUCUUCUCCAAAAUAUUUUAUGGAGAGAAAGAUCUCCUUUUCUUCUUUACACACAUAAAUUGAGUUUUUUUUAAGUCAUUCCGAAAUUCGUACAACUCACUUCAAAAUCAUUGUACUUAUUCUUAUUGUUCAGAAUUGAUGAAAAGUUGUUUGAACCCCUCAAAAUUGCAUUGCAAACCAAAGUAAAUGAAUGUAAAUUAUUUUUGUACAGAAUUUGUCAUGGUUUUAAACUCUAUGCACAUACAAAACAGAAAAAAAGACGAAAAUCAAACAGUACCAUUGUAUUAGCAAAAAAAUGCUGAGGCACGCAAAAAUGAAUGAAAAUACAAUGGACGUUUUUUUUUAUUUUUAAAUUGUGUAAUAAAUGUUUUAUUUAUGAAAAAUAUGGUUUGAUUUUGUUAAGGUAAAUACAGUGUUUAACAUGUGGCAAGGUAAAAAGUGUGA